AUGAGAAUCGAGGAAUUAAUUAUUGAUGGAUUUAAAUCCUAUGCCGCGCGUACCGUCAUUAGUGGAUGGGAUUCACUGUUCAAUGCAAUCACUGGUUUGAACGGUUCGGGGAAAUCCAAUAUUUUGGAUGCCAUUUGUUUUGUUCUUGGUAUCUCAUCGAUGUCUACGGUUCGUGCAUCCAACCUACAGGAUUUAAUUUAUAAAAGAGGUCAGGCAGGUGUCACAAAGGCUAGCGUUACGAUUGUAUUUGAUAAUUCAGAUAAAACCACAAGCCCUAUCGGGUUUACUGAUCAUACUAAAAUCUCUAUCACCAGACAAAUUGUUUUGGGUGGAACUUCCAAAUACUUAAUCAAUGGUCAUAGGGCGCAACAGCAGACAGUAUUGCAAUUAUUUCAAUCAGUUCAAUUGAAUAUUAAUAAUCCGAACUUUUUAAUUAUGCAAGGUAAAAUCACUAAGGUAUUGAACAUGCCGCCAUCACAAAUCUUGGCUUUAAUUGCUGAAGCUGCUGGUACAAAGCUUUUCGAAGAUAGAAGGGAAAAGGCAGUAAAGACUAUGGCAAAGAAAGACACUAAAUUGAAUGAAAUUAAGGCGUUGUUAUUGGAAGAGAUUGAUCCAAAAUUAGAGAGGUUGAGAAAAGAGAAAAAGGCGUUUCUUGAAUUCCAAGAAACUCAAACAGAAUUGGAUAAACUUCUGAGAACUGUUAAUGCCCAUGAUUAUCAUAACUAUUCGACAAGGUUUGAACAAUAUAAUAGUAAGUUAAAACAAGAGAAAGAAUUGAUUACUAAGUUAAAUGAGGAUGUUGAAAGAUUGGCUGAUGAACUUGCCACUUUACAAGAAGAUUUAGAAAAAGCAAAGGCCUUGAAAGAAAAAGAAUUGAGGAAAGGUGGAAAACUUCAAUCUUUAGAAAAACAAGAAGCUGAAUUAUCUAAUAAAAUUGUGAGAUUGGGCACUUCCAAGAGUUUGAAAGAACAGAGUUUUAAUGAAGAAACUGGUCACCUAGAAAAUUCAAAAACAAUGUUGGCCAAAGAGACAGAAAUAUAUGAAUCCAAGAUUGAGUUAUUGAGUAGUUGGGAAAGCUCACAAAUAGCAGCAAAGGAGGAAUUACAAAACUUUAAGAACGAUAUUACUGUCAAAGAGGAGUUACUUGCGUCCUUACAGACUGGGGUGUCUUCAAAAGGUAAAACGGGUGGUUAUAUGGGUCAACUCCAAGAAACUAAGCAGAAACUUUCGAACUCCAAUGUCACUAUUGAGCAAUUGAAGUUGAAGAUCCAAAGAUUGCAAAAAGAAAUCAAAACCGAUGAGCCAAAGGUGGUUAGGGCCCAGCAAGAAAUUGUCACUUAUCAGAAGGAAAUUGAAAAUCUCAAAAUAAAGUAUGAAGACGCUCAAAGCCAGCUAAAGAAUGUCGGCUUUGACUCAAAUAGACUUAAGCACUUGAAGGAUCAACAAUAUUCAUUGCAACAAAGGAUAUAUGGGGCUUCUAAUGAAUUGGAAUCUGUUAGAAGAAGAAUCACUUCUUUGGAAUUCAAUUACUCCAAACCUUCACCAAACUUUGAUCAUACCUCGAUUAAAGGUGUGGCUGCUAAAUUGUUUACCUUGGAUAAGGAAAACUUCGAUUCUGCCAGUGCCUUGGAGGUAAGUGCUGGAGGGAAGCUUUUCAACGUUGUUGUUGAUAAUGAAGUUACUGGUUCGCAAUUAUUGGAAAAGGGCCGAUUGCGCAAGCGUGUCACCAUUAUCCCAUUGAAUAAGAUUGCUGCCAGGUCAAUAAAUGCUAACGUUGUUCAAAUUGCUAAAGACUUAUGCCCAGGAAAAGUUGAAUUGGCUCUUAACCUAAUUGGCUACGAAAACGAAGUUUCUAAAGCCAUGGAAUAUAUUUUUGGAUCGGUAUUCAUCACCAAGGAUCCGGAAACUUCAAAAAAUAUUACCUUCAAUCCCCAGAUUCGAGCUAGAAGCGUGACUCUUGAUGGCGAUGUUUAUGAUCCUUCUGGAACCUUGUCUGGUGGUAGUAGAAGACAAACUGGAUCAAUUCUCGUUUCUAUCCAAAACUAUAAUAAGCUUAAUAGUGAUUUACAAGCGCUACAGGAUGAGAUGAAUGAUAUCAAAGCCGAUAUUGAAAGAGAAGAAGCUAUCAGUAGAGAAACAAUGGCAUUACAAAAGCAAGUCAAUUUGACCAACCAUGCUUUAGAAUUAGCAAUCAAGAAAUCAGAAUCCAGCUCUGCAAGCCAAUUGAUCAAGAAACAUGAAACAAAUAAGGAAGAAUUACAACAUUUGAAUGACAAGAUUGGUGAAGAAAGUGAAUUGCAAAAGACUUACAACGAAGAGCUUUUAACAAUUGAAAAGGAUAUGAAAGAGUUUGAAGCCAAUAAGGGAUCUAAAUUGAAGGAACUAGAAAUGGAAAUUAAAAAUGCUAAGAAACAAGUAAAGGAGCUAGAGGCCACUGCAAAUGCUAAAUUUGGUAAAUAUGAGGACUUGCAAUUUGAAAUUGAAAAAUUAGCUGGUGAUGUGGAAGCACUCAGGGACCAAGUUAAAGAAGGCGAAACAAUGAUUUCUGAUUUAAAAAUUGAAUUGGAGGGAAUUGAACAAGAUUUAAGGGAGUCCAAUGAAAAAUCUGAAGAAUUGAAUGCCCAGAUUGAAGGAGAAAAGGUCGCCAUGUUAGGAAUUAAUAAGGAAAUUAACGAAUUAACGAAAACCAUGAAUCAGAAGGACAAAUCCUUGAAUGACAAGAAAUUGAGAAGUCAAAAACUUAGUCACGAAUUGGAUAAAGUUGAAAAUAGCACUGAUGCAUUGAAAAAACAUUUGGAUAAAUUGAUUGAAGAGAAUGACUGGGUAACUGAUAAGAACAUAGUAGAUAACAUUAUCCAACAGAGCCCAAAUAUCAAUGUUGCUGAAUGUCAUCAAAGAAUUAACCGAUUGCAAUCAAAGUUUCAAGGUAUGCGAAGAAGUGUUAAUGCCAACAUUAUGAGUAUGAUUGAUAAUGUGGAGAAGAAGGAAACGUCAUUGAAGACUAUGAUCAAAACAAUCGAGAACGAUAAGGCAAAGAUCGAAGAAACAAUUGUGACCUUGGAUGAAUAUAAAAGAGAGACUUUAGUCAGUACAUGGCAAAAAGUUUCUAAAGAUUUUGGUCAAAUUUUCUCGGAUCUUCUACCAGGUGCGUUCGCAAAGUUGGUGAUUCCUGAAGGCAAAGAUAUUACAGAAGGGCUUGAAGUCAAAGUGAUGCUUGGUAAGGUAUGGAAGGAAAGUUUAGUAGAAUUGUCUGGUGGCCAAAGAUCUUUAGUGGCUUUAUCCUUAAUUAUGGGCUUGCUUCAAUUCAAACCCGCGCCAAUGUAUAUUCUUGAUGAAGUUGAUGCUGCUCUUGAUUUGAGUCACACCCAGAAUAUUGGUCAUUUAAUUAAGACAAGAUUUAAAGGUUCUCAAUUCAUUGUUGUUUCAUUGAAAGAAGGUAUGUUCACUAACGCUAAUAGGGUGUUUAGAACAAGAUUCCAGGAUGGUACUUCUGUGGUCAGCAUAAUGUAA